AUGGCAGAGAUUAUCUCGAUUAAUUGUCCGCUUUAUGGCGAGGGCCCCGACAAGGCGUUUAGUGUAAAGAUCCAGGCGAACGACAUCAGCAUCCUCAAAGAAUUUAUAACGACGCGCAACCGACUUUCGAAUGUCAAUCCAACGCACGUACGUCUCUUCAAGGUCUCCCUGACGCCAGACGAGCUACACAAAACGAUUCCAAACCCAGAAUCCGAGCUCAACUCACCGCUUGCAGAAAUCUCUGCCAUCUUCAAUGAUUUACCAGAGAACAAAGUUCAUGUUUUAGCAGGUAAGCAAAGGACUGGCCUCAAACGAUCUGCUCUCGAGUCUGCGUUCCAAUUCGACGCACUCAAGCGGGCCAAGGUGGUCACUGAAUCCCCGUCACAGCUGGCUCAAAAGUCGACCUAUGAAGAAGGGUGGGUGCAUGGAGACCUUCCAUAUUGCAACAUCCUCAGGAGCAAAGACAAGCAACGGGUUUGGGUUGUUGACUUUGACUGGGGAGGGAGAGAUGGUGAAGUCUACUAUCCGACUCCAAGGCUGAAUGAAUUGUUGGUCGAAGGAAGGAACUUCUCAGAUUGGAAGAUUCGGAAGGAGGAUGAUGAGAGGAUUUUGGAUCUGACGUUCAAGAGACUGGGUCAAGUGUAG